GGUUAGAGCGCAGAGUUUAUGAAGUACAUUGCCAUGGUUCAACUUGUGAAUUGUGAAUUAUCCCAUAGUAGGGAGUAGUUUUGGACGACAUUGGGGCAGUUUAGGAAUCACAGUUAAAAAACCAAAUAUGUUUCACUUUUUCAAUUCGCGGACCUGAACGGGAAAAGUAAAAAUAAAAAUAUCAACAUAAAAUUGUGUUUAAUGUAAACAGUACUACAACAAAUUACUACAACAAAGUAGUUAGUACUGCGUUAGACCUAAAUCCAAGCAUUGUCAGGUAGUACUUCCUAAUUUUGUUUUGAUGUCAUCAGAAAAUGAAAAAGCUUUAUAAUAGUCACCUACAAAAAUACGCUGUUUGAAAAAAAAAAAUAAACAAUAAAUGGAAGAAAAGAUUUGGUCUAACGAUAUUGCAGAAGUUAUUAAGGAAGGAGUUAAUACGAAUACAGGAAAAAGAAUUUUAAAGCGCAUUUUAAAAGCGAUUUUAAACCCAAACAAUGUAUUUGAUGAAACUUCUGCAAAAUGGCUAAAAAUAUUGAUUGCUGGUGGUUUAUCUCCGAGAGAUUAUUUUAAGAAACUACACGACUAUGAUAGUGCAUUAGUUUGUGGUUUAAUAUGGAAUGCAAAUUUUUUUGCAUAUAGAUGUCGAGAUUGUGGUAUUUCUCCUUGCAUGUCUUUAUGUGCAGAUUGUUUUUUAGCAGGUAAUCACGAAGGUCAUGAUUUUAAUAUCUUUAAAAGCCAAGCAGGUGGAGCAUGUGACUGUGGUGAUGAAACAGUAUUGAAGAAGGAAGGGUUUUGUCCUAAUCAUGGAAAAAAGAGCUCCAUAAGAAGUAUUCCUGAUGAGUUAGUUGCUUUGGCAAAUAUAGUUAUCCCAAAAAUGGUUAAGUGUUUGUACAAGAAAGUUAAAUCUCAAUGUAUAAAUGAUGCAAAUGAAGGCGUACUUAAUUCUUCUACAUACCUCUUAAAAACAUUGAGCGAGUUCUCAAAGAUUGAGGCGCUUCGUAUAAUAGUUUCACGUCAAAUGAUGGCACUAAUAAAAUGUGAUAUUCUACCAAAUAAACAAUGUAGAAUUUCUGAUUUUACUAAAAUUGAAAACAAUAGACAAGUGGUCAAAAUGUCAACUGAUGUUAAAAUGCCAUCUUCAAGUACUGAUGAUUUGUUAUGUAAACAAACUUUUGAUUAUCAACAUGGUUUCAGACAUAGCUGGCUUGGUAUUGAAGAUUACAAAGAAACUUAUCUUCAUUUUUUUAUGGAAUGGUUGGUUAAGUUAUCUUUUCCUAACAAACUAUCAACAUUUCUACUUCAGUUACUCCCUAUUCCUGACUACAAAACAUUUUUCACACAAUUGUUUUGUCGUCAAUAUACUGCGAUUGGUAAAAUGUUGACUACAUCAUUAAAUCCUGAUCAGUUCAGUAGUCGUAUAGUUCAUGUUAGUGUUCAAUUGUUCAGUAAUGAAUCACUGGCAUAUAAAAUGGUAAAAGAGGAGAAUCUGUUAACAAUAAUUAUUUUUGUUCUUGAUAAAAUGAUUGGACAGUGUUUAGAUUAUUUACCUGUAGAGUUUGAAGGAGUUACAAGAAGUAUACUCCUUGUUGAUUGUGGCAAUAAAAUACUCAAAGAGCAUUGUUACUGGCCAGUUGCAAGUGAUCUUACCAAUAUUUUAUCUCACCUUUCGAUUGCUAAGGUUUUCCUUGAGAGCAAUGAUUGUUUGAGCAAAUGGUUUUAUUUUGUAAAGAUGCUUGUUGGUAUGAAUAUAAACAAGCGUCGGUUUCUGGUUUAUGCUGAAUUUGAAUCCAAGACGUAUUACUCUGCAUUUUCUAUUGAGUUUGAAUGUGUUGCAUCAGUAAUGUGGGAAUUGUACAGAGCAAUCAAUAAAUUGAACAAUAUAGCUUAUGUGAAGUGCAUGAUUGAAGCAGCAGUUUAUUCUUUGGAUAGCUGUUCUUUAGUGAAUAAAUUGAAGAAAACAUCAUUUACAUUUCAUCUAACUGUUCAUCGACAUUUCGCUCUUUUUCUUCAUCAGGCAAUUCGAGAGUAUAAUGAUACAUCAGUUAUGUCUUCCAUUGAUCAUAUUAAAACUAUCACAAUGAGUUACCUGAUUAAUUUAAUGGUGUCUGUAGAAGAAAUUAGAGCAGGACUUUGGCGUUUUAAUGGCCACCAGAUAACUUGCCAAGCUCAAUCGUAUAUGCAAUCGUGCUUCUGUAACUCUAUGUUGGAUUUGGAUAUAUUUCUUUUACAAGUUUUGAUUACACGUUGUAAUGUUGACGAUUUCAUAGAAAUGCUUGUUGAUAGACUUUCACUUAGACAAUGGCUUCAUUUUACUGAAAAAAAUGAUAAUGGCGAAAAUACAGAUGAAAACUGUUUGCUUUUCGUACAAGGAUUUCUUAACAUUAUUCAUAUGUUGCUUUCUCAUAGAGUGUAUUCAGGGCUAUCUGAGGAUGAACUUUUACGCAAAGAUAUGAUUGCCAAUUUAUGUGUUGCUGAUCGUACUCACAGUCAGUUAGCAGAAAUUGUUGCUCUAAGGCCUGCAAACACACACUGCUCUUAUAAAAACUUUGACCAACUGUUGUCUGAAGUUGCAGACUUUAAACCACCUGCAGCUGAUAUGUCUGGUCUUCAGCAAGGUGUCUAUGUUCCUAAAGAUGAGAUGUGGGAGCAAGAAUAUGAUUAUAUGCACAUUUAUUUGCGUAUUUUUAAAAAGAGCGACCAGCAAAAUUCGUUGGAGCGAUAUAAUAAAGUAAUGUCAAAGAGGUACAAUUCAUCUGCAUCCUGUUACUGGCCCCCUUCAAAAGCUUUUCCUAAACUGCAUUCAGCUUAUGAAGGUCUAUUCAAGCUGUUCAGAAGUAAGAAGUUGCAGCAAAUUUUAAUAUUUAUUUCAUACCAGAUUCAGCAUGGCAUCAAUACGAUGCCUGAGAUGUUGCUCAUAUCAACAAUAUAUCUCCUGCAACUUUUUGCUGAAAACAGAUAUGAGAUAGAAGAUUGUGUUCCACUUUUGGAUGAUGAUGAUCACAUGAUUGAUCUAAUUAUUGAGUAUGUGGAUAGUUAUCCUGACAAACAAAAGUUAUUUUUUGUUUCAGAAAAAUUAAAAGAAAAAAUUUUAGAAUCAAACAGGAAGAGUGUUUGGGAGGAAGAAAUGUUCAAAAACAUUCAUGAAGAUUUAAUCUUUGAUAUGUUUUUAAUAUACAAAUCUGAGUUAAUAUUACCAUUAACUGACUAUUUGGAAACACUUAUCAAAAAAACAUCACAAACAUCUACCUUAUUGCAUUUACGUACCCUUUUAUCACAGCUUAGUUACAAGAAAUUCAUUUUGCUAAAGCGAUUUAUUCAGUAUUUCUAUUAUUAUUGUAAAACAAAUGAUAUGGAAAUUACAGAAUUACCUUUUAUGGUAAAAGAGGAUUCUGUCACAACUCAAGCAAUCACUUUGUUAUUUGAUCAUUUUAACUUUUUAUUUCAGGUUGGUAAACCACUAAACAAUUUUCCUGUUGAAUCUUAUGACAUAAAAUUACCUCAUACAUUUCUUAGUGACAACGCUCAUGUUGUUUUCAAUAACUUAAUCAAUGAUUCAAAUAUUGAAGAUAUUGAUUAUAUAAGAAGAAAUUAUGAUUCCUGGAUAUUAAAACAAAGAUCUGUGGAUCAGUUUGAACCAACAACAAAGGGUUUUGAUGACCAGCCAAUGGACAUAGAACCAAUGGAUGUUUCAAAUGAUUCUGAAAAAAUCUGUGCUACAAACAACUUAUCAUUAUUAACAAUACUUGUUAAGUUGCAUGGAGUUUUAUCAGAACAAUCAAAAUUGAUUAAUACUUGUGAUAUUGCAGGAGAUGGUAUUUUCUAUGUCGGUAAACUACUAAAAACAUUUUACAACCAAUCAAAAUUUAAUGAGUUUUUAAAAGUAGUUUAUCCAAAAGUAUUCACAUUCAAUGAUGAUACCAUAGAUACAAAAAAUCAAGUUGAAAAUGCUAAGCUUGAAAGGCGUAAAAAGGUCAAUCAAAGACAAGAAGAGAUGCUUAAGGAGUUUGCUUUCAAACAAAAAAGAUUUUUGGACAAUACUAUUGGAAGUUCAUCAAAUGAUUCAGGUUUACAACAUUUUAAUAACCAUAACAUAUAUGAGUGUGUUAUAUGCUUCCAAUCCACUGAAUCUACAGAAAAACGACCAAUUGGUUUAGUGGUAUUUUUGCAACCUUCAACAGUGCUUGCAUACCGUGUUUCACAAACUUCUGAAUACAACGAAAUGUGCAAAUUUAGAGAAACAUGCGGUAAUCUCGUCCAACAAAGAGAAACUGAACUUUCGAAAAUUUCUGGGUCAUUCCAAUUAGCACUUGAGAUUGGUUCUGAUGUUGGUAUUAAUGUACAAACAUGUGGUCAUUUUGUUCAUAUUGACUGUCAUCAAGCUUACUUUCAAACUUUACAGGAUGAUAAUCAACUUAUAAAUAUUACAAAAGGAGAAUUUUUGUGUCCAUUGUGUAGAGGCUUUAGCAACGAAGUUUUACCAAUUUUACCAGAUUGCAUUAAAGAAGUUCACAAUACUUGUAUAAAGUCAGAAGGGGCUGUCAAAUCUUUUAAGGAACAAGUUGAAGAAAUCAAAAAUCUUAUGGAAAUGCCAAAGUUCUCUUCAUUAAGAAAAAGAUCUUUUGAUAUAUCUGUCCUCACAGCCUCUACUUCUUUAUUUUACAAUUCACUUGAAGAGUUAACAAAGUUACACAUGGUGGAAAAGCAAUUUCAUGUCAAUAAGUUUACAGUAUUAAUUGCAUUGUUAAGACAUAACUUGGAAGAAACUAUGAUGAACACAACUUCAUUUAAAGAUCUAUCAGAGCAGAGAAAAAAAUCUUUAUUGGCUCUUUUUGAGUUUAGUAAUUUUAAUGCACAGUCGCUCUCAACACCUACAUCUUCAUAUUGGAUAAGACUUACUUGUGGUGUUAUGAAAAAAAACGAGGUUGGUUACCUGGAUAUUCCUUUUUUAUUGAUGGAUCCUGUGUCAUUGCUUAUUCAGUUUGUUACAGCAUGGCCCUACAGAAUAAAUACUGAAGAGCUGUACUGUGUUAUUCAAUCAUUGUACAAUCUAGCAUAUGUUCAAGCUUUACUAUCAAUCGGUUUGAAAGUCAAGGAGAGUGAAAAAGAAAGUUGGUACCGAAAUGUAAAAAAAAGUGAGAAAAUCACUUUGAGUACUUUAGUGAAUUUAGUUUGGAGAUGUUCCAGUAUGUUAUAUGUUAAUGAAACAAGCAAUAAUUCAGAAGAUUUAAAUAGUUCAGAGAUUACACUUUCUGUUAUGUCUCCACAUUCAGUUGAAUAUCAUAUUGAACAGCUUUGUUUACCAUUUCUGAAAAAAGCUUAUUUUUUUCAGUCCAUCUGGAUGUUGCAGGAUGAAAUAGAUGUGGUUAAUUCGUUUGUUUCAUAUGCAUCUUUACUAAAGCUUGGUGGCUGUUCUGUUAAUUAUGCAGAAGAGGAAUUGAGUACUGUAAUUUUAAAAUGGAGUCCAGAUGAGUCAGCAAUAAGCAUUAUAUCAUCUUGGUGUGAAGAAUUGAUAGAAUAUUUAAUGAAAAAAAAAAUUAACUUUAAGAACAUAUUGCCUAUAGCAAAUGAGUGGAAAAUGCCUUCGUUAAUUAAAUUGCCGCUUUUGUUUGACAGCUUAUUUCAAGAAUAUAGAAAACAAAAGUGUGCAAGGUGCAAAAAAAUACCAGAAGAUCCCACUUUGUGUCUAGUUUGUGGAAAGCUUUUAUGUUUUCGCAGUUCGUGCUGCAUUUACAAAGAAACUGUUUACGAGUGUGUCCAACAUUCUUCAGACUGUGGUUAUGGGACGGGUUUAUUUUUGGUGAUAUCUUCUUCUCUUACUCUAAUUAUUAGAGAUGAAAGGAUUUGUCCCUGGGGAUCAGUAUAUUUAGACAGUUUUGGAGAGGAAGAUAGAGAAUUAAAACGUGGAAAACCGCUUUUUUUAAAUAAAGAACGCUACGCAAAAUUGGAAUCGGAAUGGAGAAUGCACACUUUGGACAAGUCGAAUAAACAUUGGAGGCUGCAUCUUAACAGAUUAUAAAUUCUAUUCCCAUUCCCUAGUAUAUUUUGUAUUCACUGUUACAGUAUAUAUAUAAAAUAAUAAAUUUACUUCACGUGAAGUAUGUAAAUAUAUUUAAAAUCUUAAA